CCCCGCGCCUUUAAAAUGGCGGCGGCCGUGAGGCGGAGCGGGCAGAGCGCAGCCAUGGCGGCCGGCAGGGUCUCUGUGCUGCUGCUGCUGCUGGCGGCGGCCCUGCUCUUCUUCGCCGGCGCCGUGCGGGGCGCCGGGCUCCGCCCGCGGCUGGUGGGCGCCCCGCAGCCUAUCGAGGACCCCGAGAACGACGAGGGGCUGGAGCGGGCUCUGCAGUUCGCCAUGACGGCGUACAACAGGGCCAGCAACGACAUGUACUCCAGCCGGGUGGUGCGGGUCCUCAGCGCCCAGAGGCAGAUCGUGGCUGGAGUCAAGUACAUAAUGGAAGUGGAGAUUGCCCGGACAACCUGCACAAAGCCAGCGACUGAUAUCCAGCACUGUGCUUUCCACGAGGAGCCCCAGAUGGCCAAGCACACGAUUUGCAACUUCGUAGUGUUGAAUGUUCCUUGGCGAAACCAAGUGGAGCUGCUGGAGAGCAAGUGCCAGUAAGCCUACCUAGAUUCCAGCAGAGACCAGCAACCAGUUGUUCAGAUGUAAAAGAAAAAGGCAAUAACACAAAUUGAGAUGGGCUUUAUCAAUGCCUGUAACUUGGCUACUGAUGUAUGCUUGUGCUAUGCAAAUUAAACCAUGUAACUUCACUUUUAAAGCACAGUAUGAUCUCAUCUUUUUCUUCCUCAGAAUUAUUAUUUUAGAGCAGCUGUUUUGGUCUUCUACAGCUUUCCCAAUGAAUUCACUCCAGUAUCAGAAUUCUUAUUAAAACCUCUUGGUAUCUAUGUUAAGUGACUACUGUAAACAUAAAAACUUAAUUAAUUAAUUGC